AGAGAGAGACAGAGAGAGAAAAUCAACACUGCAUUCACUAUCGCUCUCAUCUGUAUCAAUGGACAGAGGAGAAUCAUCUUCAGACGAAGAAGAAGAUCGACAAACCCUAAUCGAUCAGAACGAAAGACUUCCCGCUAGAUCUCCCCCAAAACGCUCCACUUUCCACAUUGACGACGACAAUGAAGAUGAGUUCAAGCUCAGAAAUGGUGGUAACAAUCACUCUCGCAAUCUCAACCUCCAUAGAUUCACCUUCAACAAGAGGUUCCUCUUCGCCAUUUUCCUCCCUCUCUUCAUCAUCAUCGUUUAUUUCACUACCGACAUUAAAAACCUAUUCCAAACUGGGGUUUUAAACACCAAUUUCGAUUCUUCUCAAAAUCUCAUGCGCGAUUCCGAAUUGCAAGCUUUGUACUUGCUUAGACAACAACAAUUAGGGCUUUUCAAGCUAUGGAAAGACACAUUUGCAACUGAUUCGAAUCCCAAUCCCAAUUCCACAGCAUUGUUUGAAGAUUUGAAAUCGGGGGUUCUUAGUCAGAUUUCGAUAAACAAACAAAUCCAGAAAGUUCUUUUAUCCACUCAUCGAUCCGGGAAUUCUUUGGAUUCUGAGGAUAAUGUUACUGAUCCUACUGUUGGUGGGUAUGGUGGUGUUGAUAGGUGCAGGAAUAUUGAUCAGAAUUUGUCUGGGAGGAAAACAAUUGAGUGGAACCCGAAAUCGAAUAAGUACUUGUUUGCAAUUUGUGUAUCUGGGCAAAUGUCUAACCAUUUGAUUUGCUUAGAGAAGCACAUGUUCUUUGCUGCUUUACUCAACCGGGUUUUGGUUAUUCCAAGCCCGAAAGUCGAUUAUGAAUUCAGUCGCGUGCUGGAUAUCGAUCACAUAAAUAAAUGCUUGGGGAAGAAAGUUGUUGUCACGUUUGAAGAGUUUGCAGAAGCUAAAAAGAACCACUUGCACAUAGACAAGUUCAUGUGUUAUUUCUCAUCGCCUGAGCCGUGUUUUAUGGAUGCUGAACGUGUUAAGAAGUUGAAGUCCUUGGGCAUUUCGAUGAAUAAGCUUGAGCCUGCUUGGGUUGAGGAUGUUAAGAAGCCAACGAAAAGGACAAUGCAAGAUGUCAUGGAUAAGUUUUCUUCCAAUGACAAUGUUAUUGCUGUCGGAGAUGUCUUCUUUGCUGAUUUGGAGCAAGAUUUGGUGAUGCAACCCGGUGGUCCUCUUGCUCACAAAUGCAAGACUCUGAUUGAGCCGAGUCGCCUUAUCAUGCUCACUGCACAACGUUUUAUUCAAACAUUCUUGGGGAAAAGAUUUAUUGCUCUUCAUUUCCGGCGUCACGGCUUCUUGGUGUUUUGCAAUGCUAAAAAACCAAGUUGUUUUUAUCCCGUUCCUCAAGCUGCGGAAUGCAUCAGUCAGGUGGUUGAAAGGGCCAAUGCACCUGUUGUAUAUCUCUCCACAGAUGCUGCUGAAAGUGAAACCAGUUUAUUGCAGUCACUGGUUGUACUGAAUGGGAAAUCUGUACCACUUGUUCAGCGUCCAGCUCGUAAUAAAGAUGAAAAAUGGGAUGCUUUGCUAUACAGACAUGGCCUCGAGGGAGAUCCACAGGUGGAAGCCAUGCUGGAUAAAACAAUUUGUGCAAUGUCCACUGUGUUUAUUGGAGCUUCUGGAUCCACUUUCACAGAGGACAUUCGUCGGAUCCGAAAGGACUGGGGAUCGGUCUCACUUUGCGAUGAAUACCUCUGCCAAGGUGAACUGCCAAAUUUUAUUGCCGACAAUGAAUGAAGAAGAGAUGCGAAGCCCCUUAUCUCUGUUCACCUUUAACCCACGGAUGCUCCGCCGAUGGUUUGCUCAGCCUGAUUUACAUCGAUGUGUAUUCUAGUGUAUGAUAGUAGCAAUUUAUAUUUCUGAUUUACAGUUCCUUUUGUUUUUAAUCAUUUUUUUAAAGCCGUGGUCGAGUGUUAUUUGUUUGAUUCACCAGGUGUAAGAUUAGUGAUGGCUACGUUUUUUUAUUCUGCUAGAGAGAAUAAAUCAAUGAUAUAUAGAUUCUUUCUAUAACCUGCUACAGACGUUGCAA